GCGGCACGGUGAGGCAGUGGCUGAGGCUCCGCGGGUGGGGAGUGUCGACGGCCUCCCGGGACCUAAGGGUGGUCGGAAGCCGGCGUCCUCGCGGCCUCGACGGCACUGAGGCAACCUGCCGGCCGCGGAUGGAGGGGCCCGCGGAGUUGGAGCCCCAGGCGGUGUUGCGCUUCCUCGCGGAGCGCGGAGGCCGGGCCCGGCACGCGGAGCUGGUGGGGCACUUCAGGGGCGCCCUGGGCGGCGAGCCGGAGCAGCGCGCCCGCGCCCGCGCCCGCUUCAAGGAGCUGGUGAACGCCGUGGCCACGGUGCGCACCGACCCGGCCGACGGCGCCAAGUACGUACACCUCAAAAGGAAGUUUUGCGAAGGCUCCCAGCCGGCCGGGGCCGCGCCCCUCCAGGUCCCGCCCUGCGUCUCGGGCACCGCGGAGCACGCGCCCCCCGCGGGGACACCGGACCCACCGGAGGAGCCGGGGGAGAGUGGCCUGGGCCCCGAGGAGCCUCUGGGUCGGGGUGUCGAGCCCGGCGAUGGGGAGACCCCCGCCGCCGCGCUCGGUUUACCAGACCCGACCGACGACGGGCGGAACCGACGGCCGGGGGCGAGUGGCGAGACCUGGAGCGAGAAUUUCGGGUGCAACCUGCAGCCUCUGCCGCGGGGCCUGGCCCCAGAACUUGGUGGAGACCCGGCGCCCCCCAGCUGCAGGGAGACGCACGCAGGCGGCUUCCCCGGGGAGGUCGCCACCCUGAAGAAUCCCCGCCAGAACGCUCGCGACCUGGCGCCGGGCAGCUCCCCGCAGCUGAAGAGGAGCGCCGGUCCGGGCGGCGGCCCCGCGGCCGCCUCCGGGGGAGGACGCGGCAGAGGCGGGGGCGACUCGGAUGACGUCUCGGUCGCUUCGUCGUCGGCGGAGGAGGAGAGCGGCGGCGGGGCCUCUGUGGCGCUGGACCCGCUGGAGCACGCCUGGAUGCUCUCGGCCGCGGAAGGCCAGUGGGACAGCCUGGAGGGGCUGCUGAGCAGCGAUCCAGGCCUCCUGGCCAAGCGGGACUUCAUCACUGGCUUCACUUGCCUGCACUGGGCCGCCAAACACGGCAGGCAGGAAGUCCUGGCCUUGCUGGUCAACUUCGCCAACAAGCACCAAAUGCCCGUGAACAUCAACGCCAGGACGAGCGGAGGCUACACUGCCCUGCACUUGGCCGCCAUGCAUGGGCACGCGGAGGUGGUGAAGCUGCUGGUGGGGGCCUACGACGCAGAUGUGGACGCGCGGGAUUACAGUGGGAGAAAGGCCGCGCAGUACUUGAGUCAGAGCACCGCUGAGGAGAUAAAGAACCUGGUGGGAGCCCUGGACCUGGACCACAGAGAGAGCGCCGCGGGCGGUGGCGGUGGGCGCUGGAGGUUUUCAAAGGUGCUCCCUUCGCACCUCAUCACCUACAGACUCUCGCACAUGCCAGAGGAUGGAGGAGAUCCCCACCACCACUUGGCUGAGGGAUUGGCUGGAGGCAAAGUAAAGGAGCCAGGUCGUAAAGCCUCUGGCAAUUCUAGUGGAAGGAUCAAACCCAGACUCAACAAAAUGCGCUUUCGAACGCAAAUCGUCCAUACCACACCAUCAUUCAGAGACCUAGAUCAGCCUCUGGAGGAGGGAGAGGAGGAGGAGGAGGAGGAAGAUGACCACUCUCUUAAAGGCCACUCUUCAUUCAAGUUGAGACCGAAGUCCAACGUAUUUGGGUAAAACUGUCUUUCAGAAAAUUACGAAGUUUGUCUUCACGGAUAGACUAUUAGAUAUAGGUAAGGAUGUAAGUAAGGUCAGAAGUCACUUAGGCUAAAUUCUGUGUUCUGAGUUGGGGAAGUUGGAAUGGGGAGCACUUCAUCAAACCUUGACCUGGUACCUUUGCACAUGCCACCCUCUUCCCUGCCUUCCCUCUUUAUCUGGGGAUACAGAAUUGAUGAUUAAGAGUUCCUUUGCUUUAACCAUUCUUGGAUACCAUACAAAGUAAGAAAUACAGCACUUGGAAGUAUCUCUUGUUUAAAGGUGGUUACGCUCCCAGCUCCCAAAUACAAAUUGCAAUGAAACCGACAGUAUCUUUAAGGGUGAACAAAAACUGCACGCAGCCCUCGUUGAUUGGAUGGUUGGUGGUUUUUUUUUGCUAGUUGCAUUUUAAGUGACUAUGGAAGGACAAGUCAGA